AAACUUAUGUUCUUAAAGUUUACGACUUAGAAAAAUCUAAAGAAUUUAUAAACGACGUUAAUCACGUAGAAUUAUAUGAAAUUAACAAAGACGUUGACAUAUUAGAAUCUCGGGAAAUUAAAAAGAACGCUAACAACUUGAAAUCUUAUGAAAUUAGCGAUACUCCUUUUUUCACUAUAUCUUUAAAUGAUAAAAUGAAAAUUAAUACACCACUUACGAAAGUAUCUUUUUCUUUGGCCAUUUCCAAUUACGUAAAAAUCGGUAAAAAUUUAGUUGCAUUUGUAGCUGUAUCAUUUUUUUGUGAUAAAGAUAUGAAAAAAGUUGGUGAAAAUAAGGAUGAUGUUUCGGACGAAAAUCCAAGAAAUCCACUAGAUCCAGAAAAAGGUGAUUCUAAUCCAGCGGAAACGUUUGUUUUUUCAACAAAAUCCAAAGCUCGUAUCGAAACUACUGUAGAAAAUCGUGGUGGGGUUGUAAGAUUUUUGAAUAAUAAUUUGUCAAAGGAAGCUGAUCAAUCAGACGGAUCCACUAAUCUAAUUGUAAUGAACGCGUCUAAAAUCGCAAAAGUAUUCAUCCAACAUAAAUAUUUUAAAACUAUUUUUGAAAAGUCCGAAUAUGAAUUCCCAACAAUAAUUCAA